AUGUCCGAGCCGCGUUCAGGGCCUGUGUCGUUGGCGCGAUACCGACCGAUCCUUUACCUCUUCACCGGCGUCGCCGCUGCAUAUGCCCUCCUCUACAUCCAUAACAAUGUUGUUUCAUCACAGUCCUCCGAUGCGCCGCUACGACGUCGAAAUGCCAUCCGCCGCUCAAGACGAACCGAAGCCGAAGAGCUGGGAGUUAUGGACACUCCGUCAUAUCGUGCAAUCACCCAUCUCGAACAGCUAGAGCGCCAAAAUGGUGUGUAUGGAACAUUUCGAAUCGAGACGGAAGAUGGGCGGCGGGUCGAAAGCGGGCUUCUACCCUCACUGCUCGCAACCCGUGAUCAGCUGAUGGAGGAAGUAGGAGUGCCCCCGGCCCACGCCGAGCGCAUGCGAGAGAUGAUGGAGGACACUUUUCUUGAAUCUUUUCUUGCCCUUGAUUUCCCAGCGUCACAUACCCUUCCAGACAACAGCCCAGAGCGAGCCUACUUGACGGAACAGUUACAACGACGAGGGAUCUCACGAGCAGGCAUUGAACGAGCCCUGAUCCGAUUCAACGACGAUGAGAACUACGGUGACGAGUUGCGACGCCGGCGUCAGAAUGGCGAGCGUGUCACUCUCUCAACUUCCACAUUUCCCGAUGCGACUGCUCCGCCACCCAACCCGGAGGGUGGAGAGACGGCGGUGGAUGACCAGAGCGUUUUCUCUUGGCGCGAUGGAAAUAACGAUUCUUCUCCCACUCGCGAAGGCCAAAAUCUGCUGAAUUUGCUGUAUCAUAUUGCAGAAGACCAAGCGCGCAGGGAUGGCUAUAUCCACCGUGGAGUUACAUGCAAUAGCUGCGGUGCAAUGCCUAUCCAGGGCAUUCGGUACCGCUGUGCAAAUUGCAUUGAUUACGAUCUCUGCGAGACAUGUGAGGCAAUGCAGGUGCAUAUCAAAACCCACCUUUUCUACAAAGUCCGGAUUCCCGCUCCUUUCUUGGGAAACCCUCGCCAAUCUCAGCCGGUUUGGUAUCCUGGCAAACCGGCGAUGCUGCCCCGAAGCCUCCCCCGACCCUUGGCCAAACGACUAAUGCGGGAAACCAAUUUUGAGAACACUGAACUUGACGCACUCUGGGACCAGUUCCGCUGUCUGGCCAACUAUGAAUGGGCCGAUGACCCAAACAAGCUGUACAUGGCCAUCGACCGCAAAACCUUCGACCGAUGCUUUGUACCGAAUACAUCGAUUCGACCUCCACCUCCAAGUCUCAUUUAUGAUCGCAUGUUCGCAUUCUAUGAUACUAAUGGCGAUAAUCUUAUCGGAUUUGAGGAGUUCCUAAAAGGUCUUGCCAGUCUGAAUAAUAAGAGCAAUGACGAAAGACUUCGGCGUGUUUUCCGUGGCUAUGACAUUGAUGGGGAUGGCUACAUUGAGCGAAAGGACUUCCUCCGCGUGUUCAGAGCUUAUUAUGCUCUAAGUCGGGAACUGACGCGCGAUAUGGUUGCCGGGAUGGAAGACGACUUCCUUGAGGGUGGCGCCCGUGAUGUCGUUCUCGGUAGUCAGCCUAUCAGCUCCGCAUUCCCGGGAAGUAUCCCCUCUGGCGAAGUAUCCCGGGCAGGAGAAGGCAAGCGCCGGAACCAGGAGGGCGACUUGGAAGUCUUUGACAACGAAGGAAUUUUGAGGCGUGACGGUGCUGAUACUGGGGAUCGAAACUCAGUCAUAGGUGAUGCCGCUGUCAGAGAGCAGUUUGGCCGCACGAGGCCAUUGUUCCCCUCGACAUUGCGUCUUCCUACUACAGCUUCUGAAUCUCGACAUCCCGAGACGUCUCACAACGAUGAGAACGGUGACCACGACGAUGACGAUGAGGAUGAGGACGCUAGCGACUCUGAUGAAACAGGGUCUUCAGUUGCCAGCGGUCACUGGCCACCGCCAGAGCACUUUGACGAGGAAGACAUAAUCAAUGCCCUCGGAACGUACGUGCCCCCUCAGGAAAUAAACGACCCCAUCGACAGAGCUCGUAUCGUGACAGCUGUCUAUCAUAGGAUGCGCGAAGAAGAUCGCAGAAGAAUCGAAGAGACUCGGCAAAAUGGCAUUGAUGAGCGCUGGCGGCGUAGAGCGUUCUAUACCGACGAGGAAGAUGGCGCUACAAUCCCUACGGGUUAUCAACCCGACCCAAAUUUUGACGAUGAUCCCAGUGACGAGGAAUCCAUGGAUGAGCCGCAGACGCUUGAGUCUCAUCCACCUUCGCCACGCUCUCGAUCAUCUUCAAAGGUCAGAUUCCAGGAUGACAUCGCUGACGAUUAUGAUGUGCGAUCAAAUCCCUCCACGUCCUCCCGUAGCAUCCCCGUUGGAGAACGUUGGGGUGGGUUCGAAAUUCCCGAGGUCGAAAAGGAUGUUGGCAAGGAGAUUUUGUAUCAGGUUACGCAGCAGGGCUUCAACGAGCUCCUUGAUAUCCUUUUCAAGCAAAAGGAAGAUCUCUUAAUGGAAGUCCAUCGAACCCGCGCGGACCGCAAGGCUUGGGCCCAUGAGAUUGAGCUUGUGGAGAAACCUGACGCUGAAGAUCACUCUUCAAAAGAAGAGAUUGUUCCCCGCAAUGAGGAGGAUCUCCAAGACAUGACAUCCAGUCGGUCUCUCGAUGAUCUAUUGCAACGCGCUGGCUAUGCAGUACAAAGCCCAACUCUGGAACCUGUGAAUACUGGACCAAUAUUGGCACCUCCAUUAGCCCCUAUUUCGCCAGAUGAUGAUGUUCGGCCUACACAUCUUGCUGAUCCUGAGAACGAUGGUGGAAUCGGUCAGGUCCAAUCGUUCGAGGAGGAUGACGAGGAUGACGAUGAGACUGCUUCAAUUACCGACUCAGAUGACUUGGUCGACCAAAUUCCCAUUUCUGAGACAGUCUCCGAAGAAGAGUCAUCCGAUGCUGAACCCGACACCAGUAUCGACGAUUCGCUGAAAUGCGAUCCCACUUUCCCCCAAUUCCGCCCGGAGACAGAGGUAUCCCGGCCUCGCCUCUCGUUCCGUGACGAGCCUCUUGUAAUGGCAGACAUCAGACCCUCGCACCCCUCUUCAUCCACCCUUCCCAGCCGCCUUCGCCUUCAACCAAACGGGACCACCUCACUUCCGGCGCCAUCUUCUCCCCGCUCAUCCUCACCGGGGGCUGAGGCCACGGCUCCUAAGCUGCCACCCUCUCCUAUGCAGCCUCUCCCGCCGCCAUCUAAAGCAACUACUCCACCAGGGGAUAAUCACGCCCUUCGUCGACCUUCGGCGCGAACUCUGGCCCGGUGGGCAUACCUGAACCAGGUAGAGCAUGAAGCUAAGGAACGAGGUGGAAGUGGCGCUAGACUCAACUUCGAGGAGUUCACCCGCCGCAUGGCGGCUGACAAGGGGCGUCGCCUGGCGUUUGUGGCAACUUGGAUCGAGAUGGCUAGUUUUUAA